UGAACAAAAUCGAUCGAAAUAUGUGAUCUAAACAGACGUUUAUUACGUAAGUGACAAAAAUUAAAUAGUAUUGAAACUUAGUAAUGUAGCCUGUAUAUUUUUGUAUUUAGCAUGAAGCAUGUGUUGGCUAUGAUUUUACUGCUGGCUGUAAAUAUACAUACUGCUGCGUCGAACGUGUGCAGUAAUGGAUACAAUGGGAAUUGUAGUACAGAAGUAGUGUCUUCGUGUACAAAUGGAACAACAUGCUUGCUAGAUGAUAUAGAUAAUGGAAAUUCAAGUGGAAAAUGCUGUAUAAAUGGGGAUUUGUCUCAGGACUCAAAAGUAUGUACAGAGCCCAAGGACAUUGGCCCUUGUGAAGCAAGUUUUCAAAGAUACUUCUAUAACAUCAAAAACGGUCAGUGUGAAAAAUUUACCUGGGGAGGUUGUAACCCGAAUGGAAAUAAUUUCAUGAGUGAAGAACACUGCAAUGAAGUUUGCGGAAAUAUAUGCCUUCUGCCACGUAAAAGAGGUUCAUGCAAAACGAAAGCCAAAAGAUGGUAUUAUGACACUUACGAUUGUCUAUGCAAACAAUUCUCCUAUAGUGGUUGCAAAGGCAACGAAAACCGUUUCCGUUCUAAAAAGGACUGUGAAAACGCAUGCGGUAAUACCUUUUGUCGGGCAUGCUCAGUGGAAAAGAAAAUUGGGCUAUGUAAGGCAGCAAUGCCAAGAUUUUACUAUGACACAAAGAAAGGGAAGUGUCAAGGUUUUAUAUGGGGUGGAUGUCAGCCAAAUGAAAAUAAUUUUGCUACCAUGAAAGCGUGCAAUAUGGCUUGUAAGUCACACGUUUGUACACUGCCAAAGACAGCAGGUCCGUGCAAAAGGGCUGUCCAGAGAUUCUACUUUGACGGUACAACAAACGAGUGCAAGGGGUUCAUAUGGGGUGGAUGUAAAUCGAACGGGAAUAAUUUUAAAAGCGUUAAGGCAUGCAAAGCCAAAUGUAAACCAAAACGGAAAAGCAGGACAUAAAUAUAUCAAGGCUGAAAAAAGAGAACAUCAUUAUUAUUUCACUCUUUACUGUAAUAAGCAAUUUUCAUAUUCAUAAUAUUGUUCUACAUAAAAAGUAGACGUUUUGAUUUUAAUUCAAGCACUGUCGAAUAAAGACCUAAUCAGAAGUAUAAAACUGUAUAAUAUAUUGUGUGCAUGGUGUUUUUGAAUACAUGAUUCACGACUAUUCUUUUGAGCUCAGUCAAUAUGGAAUGUCAAAACGAUAACGUAAUUAACUCGAAUGUGAAACGAAUUUUGAAAUUAAAAGAAUAA